AUGUGGGCUUUAGUCGCAAGUCCCUCCUUCGGAGGCUCGCUUCGCAAGGGGCGCUUUGCGCCAGCCUGGCACCAGGCCCUCCGAUCGAGGGACUUGUUGUUAAGUGCGUUCACGACAGCCACGCGAGUUGACGGUUCAUCGGAUUCCACCGGAUUCCCACCCGCAUUUCAACAAUGCGGACAGCAGGCCUUCUAUCCGAGAGGCUUCCUUCAUGGACAUGGUUUAGUCCACUUCCAACCAACUGCGGAUUACGCCUGCGAGUCCAAUGGGGAACACAAUAAACAAAGCUUGAUUUUAUGUACGGUUUGUGAUCCGAUCCGGUGCCUGUGCGGCUCCGAGGCAAUCAUGGGUAUGAUAAGCUUACUUGCAGCAUUUCGGCUUGCUCAAAGCGAUGUGAAUUAA